CUUCUCCAAAUGUUACCGCUACGGGACCGGAGUUAGACUUGACACGGACGGCUCAGACGCAGGCUACUACUACUACUACUACUACUACUACGAGAACUACUACCACUCCUCUCUGAGACGUCGUUUCACAAACUCUCCGGACGAAUGAAGACUGCAGGAUCUUUACGGAUUUGGGCGCAUAAUGUUGGGAUGGAGUUUCGAGACUUGUUUGGCUCCACGGAAGACUAGAAUCGGUUCCUCUAACUUGUCGCCGGCUCUGCUGGAUGCGCUCCCUUUCUAUGUUGGAUUAUUAUUGUCGCUUUUUGUGAACUCGCACCGAUUCUCUGUCGCCUUUCUGUCGUUCACCCUCUUUGGACUAUGGCCUCGGAUCGCGGGGUCCCAGGGUCCGGCGUCUAUGGAGAUUUACCCCCGAGUUAUACGCGCUCCCAGCCGCCUACAAACCCAGACCUCCUCCGGAGACCCAGCUACUGCCACGCUGCUUUCGCACUUAAACAGAUCUCAAAGGGGAAGGCGGUAGGUCAGAAAGCUCCUCUGUGGAUCCGAGCCAGGUUCCAGGCCCUCCUGUUCUCUCUGGGCUGCCACAUCCAGAGGCAUUGUGGGAAGGUACUCUUUAUUGGACUCUUAGUGUUCGGGGCUCUGUCUGUGGGACUCCGAGUGGCCGCCAUUGAAACGGACAUUGAACAGCUAUGGGUGGAAGCUGGCAGUCGGGUGAGCACAGAGCUUCGUUACACCAGGGAGAAACAGGGCGAGGAGUCAGUCUUUACCUCACAGAUGCUAAUCCAGACCCCCAAAGAAGAAGGCACCAAUAUUCUUACCCAGGAGGCUUUGCUUGUUCACAUGGAGGCCGCCCUCUCUGCCAGCAAGGUCCAGGUGUCUCUGUUUGGAAAAUCAUGGGAUCUUAACAAAAUAUGCUACAAAUCAGGAGUUCCUAUUAUAGAAAAUGUCAUGAUUGAAAGGAUGAUUGACAAGCUGUUCCCCUGUAUGAUAAUCACUCCAUUGGACUGUUUUUGGGAAGGGGCCAAACUUCAAGGAGGUUCCGCCUACUUACCGGGUAUGCCAGAUAUCCAGUGGAUGAAUCUAGAUCCAGUCAAGCUGAUGGAGGAGCUAAGUCAGUUCACUUCACUGGAGGGAUUUAAGGAGAUGUUGGAUAAAGCACAGGUGGGACAUGCUUACAUGAACAGACCAUGCUUGGACCCCUCAGACCCUGACUGCCCCCUCAGUGCCCCCAACAAGGAGCUAGGAGAGAGUCCUGACAUUGCUGGGCGUCUUCAGGGUGGUUGCCAUGGUUUCAGCCGGAAGUUCAUGCACUGGCAGGAGGAGCUGAUCCUAGGAGGGCGGGUCAAAAGCAGUCAAGAUGCUCUCCUCAGUGCGGAGGCUCUUCAAACCAUGUUCCUGUUGAUGAGUCCCAAGCAGCUAUAUGAGCACUUUAAAGAUGACUACGAGAUUCAUGACAUCAACUGGAAUGAGGAAAAAGCCACUGCCAUCCUUGAGUCCUGGCAGAGGAAAUUUGUGGAGGUUGUCCACCAGAGUAUCCCUGAAAAUUCCACCCAGUCUAUCCAUGCUUUCUCCACCACCACCCUAAAUGACAUCAUGAAAUCCUUCUCUGAUGUCAGCGUCAUCAGAGUGGCCGGAGGUUACCUGCUCAUGCUGGCCUAUGCCUGUGUGACCAUGCUGAGGUGGGACUGUGCCAAAUCCCAGGGGGCAGUAGGGCUGGCUGGGGUGCUGUUAGUGGCUCUGUCAGUGGCUGCAGGACUCGGUUUGUGCUCUUUGCUUGGGUUGUCCUUCAAUGCUGCAACCACACAGGUGCUCCCCUUCCUGGCACUAGGGAUUGGUGUCGAUGACAUGUUUCUUUUGGCUCAUUCCUUUACUGAGGCUGGAAGUAACAUCCCCUUUAAGGAGCGAACAGGAGACUGUUUGCGUCGUACCGGCACCAGUGUGGCUCUGACUUCCAUCAACAACAUGAUUGCCUUCUUCAUGGCCGCUCUCGUACCCAUUCCUGCCUUGCGAGCUUUCUCUUUGCAGGCAGCCAUUGUGGUCGUGUUUAACUUCGCCAUGGUGCUGCUCAUCUUCCCCGCCAUCCUCAGCCUGGACCUCCACCGGCGUGAAGACAAGCGUUUGGAUGUCCUCUGCUGCUUAUACAGCCCUUGCGCUGAUCGUGUCAUCCAACUCUCCCCGCAUGAGCUGUCAGAUGCUGGAGAGCAGCCGCACACGCCUACAACAGCCACAGCACACCAGUACACAGGAGGGUCGACAAUCACCACUAGCACCCAGAUCACCACCACGGUGCAGGCAUUCACGCAGUGUGAUGCAGCAGGCCAGCAUAUCGUUACUAUUCUGCCACCUACGUCACAGAUCUCCACCAGUCCAACAUCCAUCAUCCUCUGCCCGACACAGCCUCAAGCCAUCACACCUUCUCCUACCACUACCUCUGUCCCAGACCCUUACGGCUCCCAGCUCUUCACCCCGACCUCCAGCUCUACGCGGGACCUCCUCGCUCAAGUGGAGGACUCCAAAUUGGGAAAGAAAUGCGUCCCACUCCCUUUCCUGCACUGGAACCUGUCCAGCUUUGCCAGAGAGAAAUAUGCCCCCCUGCUACUCAAACCCAAAAGCAAAGCCAUCGUUGUGGUCUUCUUCCUUGGUCUUCUGGGCCUCAGCUUAUACGGGACCACCAUGGUGCACGACGGCCUCUACCUAACCGACAUCGUUCCUCGCGACACCAAGGAGUACGACUUCAUUGAUGCCCAGUUCAAGUAUUUCUCUUUCUACAACAUGUACCUGGUGACCAUGGAUGGGUUUGAUUAUGCGCGGUCACAGAGGCUGCUCAUCCAGGUCCACAACGCCUUCAAUUCUGUGAAAUACGUUGUCCGAGACAGCGACGGAAAACUACCCCGUAUGUGGCUGCACUACUUCCAGGACUGGCUCAGAGGUCUCCAGGCUGCAUUUGAUGCUGACUGGCAGGCAGGAAGGAUUACGUCUGACAGCUAUCGUAACGGCACAGAGGACGGAGCACUGGCGUACAAGCUCCUCAUCCAGACCGGCUCCAAGAAAGAGCCUUUUAGCUACAGCCAGCUUACUUCUCGUCGUCUGGUGGAUGCAGAAGGUUUGAUCCCCCCGGAGGUGUUUUAUAUUUACCUGACAGUCUGGGUCAGUAAUGAUCCCUUGGGAUACGCUGCCUCUCAGGCCAACUUCUACCCUCAUCCACGAGAGUGGAUUCAUGACAAGUACGACACUACAGGGGAGAAUCUGCGUAUCCCUGCUGCCGAGCCUCUGGAGUUCGCCCAGUUCCCCUUCUACCUGAAUGGCCUACGUCAGGCAAGCGACUUUGUGGAGGCUAUCGAGAGCGUGCGUGCCAUCUGCGAUGAGUUUAGUCGCAAGGGUGUGUUCAACUACCCCAAUGGAUACCCUUUCCUGUUCUGGGAGCAGUACAUCGGCCUUAGGCACUGGUUCCUGCUGGCCAUCAGCGUUGUCCUGGCCUGCACCUUCCUUGUCUGUGCCAUCCUGCUGCUCAACCCCUGGACUGCUGGCAUCAUUGUGUUUAUCUUGGCCAUGAUGACAGUGGAACUGUUUGGCAUCAUGGGUCUAAUCGGCAUCAAGCUGAGUGCCAUUCCUGUGGUCAUCCUGAUAGCCUCUGUGGGCAUAGGAGUGGAGUUCACUGUCCAUAUCGCACUGGGCUUCCUGACAGCGAUUGGCAACAGAAACAAGCGCUCAGCCGUAGCUCUGGAGCACAUGUUCGCCCCAGUGGUUGACGGAGCGAUUUCUACUUUGUUGGGCGUUCUCAUGCUGGCAGGCUCCGAGUUUGACUUCAUCAUGAGGUACUUCUUUGCUGUGUUGGCCAUCCUGACUGUUUUGGGAAUGCUGAACGGCCUGGUACUCCUACCUGUCCUCCUCUCCAUGAUGGGCCCCCCAGCUGAGGUUACUCCAGUUGACAAUGCCAGCCGCCUGCCCACGCCUUCCCCUGAACCUCUGCCCCCACCAAUGGCACACCACGGAUACUAUACAGGCCACCACAACCAACGGUCAUCUCAUACACAGGCUUUCUCAGAGUCAUCAGACUCAGAGUAUUAUUCAGAGGUGACCACCACGUCAGGAAUUGGGGAGGAGGAGUACAAGUACUGCGACCGGAAUGCGUACAACACAUCGCACACUGGCGCUCCAUCUGCAACAUCUCAUAUACUGCUGGAAGCCAGCAAGAACCCUAGCUUCCCCAAGCUGACGGUUGUGAAGCCAUUCAGAGAGAAUAUGAUGGGCACUGGAGGAAGGAUAGAACCAUUAAAUGAAUCUUCACACAACGUACAGUCUCUCGGCUCCCAGCUCACCUGCUGGGAUGGAAUCAAGAGGGAGUCGCAACAUGGCCCCCAGAGGCUCCAGGGACCCCCCAGCCAACACUUACCCAGCGACAGAGCUCACUUCCCUGGGAGGACUUGUCAAAGCGGGCCCAGGCACAGCGGUAGAGGGCCUCAGCCAAACAGGACUAAAGGGCCAAGCUACAGCAAUAGCAACUCUGCCUUGCCGACGCAACAGGGCUCUGCCGCAGGGCCUGUUACUAUGGUAACGGCCACAGCUUCUGUGACAGUGGCUGUGCAUCCAAGCUUACCAGGGGCGGCUUACCAAGGCUAUAUGCAUGAAGGUUUUGACACUGACAGCGAGUCGGACUGUUUUGAGGCUGCUAAGAGGACUAGUGGUGACAAAACAAACUUUUCUUCAUGUAAGAGAGACUCUCUAGAGCUACAGGACUUGGAAGCAACACAAGGCCAGAUGGAGCACCAGAUUGGCAAGACGCAAGGUGGGUUGAGGAUCCAGGCACCCAAAGACUCCUAGACUCUCUCUGCCCUCUUGCUGCCUUUCUCCAGCCGCUUGCCAGAGCACCUUGACGCCCAAUAUGGUGUCACAUCAUGUCUUGAAUUCUCAUCUGUACAUAGACUUCACAUAAAAGAAGAGGAUUUAUUUCAAGAAAAAGAAAAUUGAUGUUUUAAGAAUUAUAUAAAUCUAUGAGUAUAUAUUUUAAUACUAAAAAAGAAGGAAGCUAUUUAAAAGAGUACUGUAUAACUUGGGUAUACUCUUGUGUAAAGUUCAGAUGUAAAAGACUAUUUGUUUUUUGUGGGGUGGCUGAUUUUUUUCUCCCCCUAUACUGUAUAGAAUAAAAAUGUCCUAUAUGUAAAAAGUGUCAAGAAAAGUGAGAUGUUAUUAAGAUAUUAGGCUAUUGAACACAUUUGUCAGUGUUUUAUUUGUAUUUGUUUUGUUUUUUUUGCUGCUACUCUUCAAAAUAAUUUUAAGUGAUCUGCCUUAAGAAAAUGCAGUACCCCCCUCUCCCCCCUCUGGUUUUCGUCAGAUAUUGUUGUACACAGUAUUAUACUGUGAUUUAUUUCUGCAUCUGACACUCUGUUGUAUUUUUUAAGUGAAGACAUCUGUGUCACAGAGUGCACUGAAGAAAAUAGUAGAGUUUCAUGCACACUGUUUUUUAACAGUGGUAUAACCAUCGUGCCUUCAAGUUUCCCCCUUUUCUUUCGUCUCAGCGCUCAGAGCUCAGUAUUAAGUUCUCACUUUGGAUUUAAAGUGUAUGUAAAGAAGCAGUAACAGUUGUUGUUAUUACCAUCAUCUGUCCACUUUAAAUCUUUGUCCUCUGCAGUUUUAAAACUACUUGAAGGAGCUGUGAUAAGAUUUUUUUUUUUUGCAGUUUUUGUAAGCUCUACAGUGGGUGAAGAUCAAAUUUGUCACUUUGUGUUUGACAUUGUAUUGUUCACCUCCUUGUUUUAUUUUGAAAGGGAAUUACAAAUAUCCAAUGCAAAGGGAGUGAUUAUAUCUUAUUUUUAGUAAUCUGUCCUGUUUUCGUCGCUGGCUGCUUUGAGGUUAUAACACAUUCAUGUUGUUUUCGCCUUGUGCAAAUAUUUCUUUUAUAUGCUCUCAUUCACUUUCUAAUUCCUCAUUCUUUCUGCUAAUACAAACCUCAUUUAUUCUUUUGUUUUUUUGUAGGCCUCUCAUGUAAUUUGCUUUAAUAUGUUUCAGUUGUUGAUGUUCUUCAGUAUUGGUCUCAUCACUGCCAGGUUAAAUUGCAGGGAAAAUUACGGAUCUAUUUUUUAAUGUCAUUUUUUAAAGUGGCAGCUUUGGUUUCUUUUGUAAAUAUGAAAGAAAAGUUAAGUAGCUACUGUGCAGUUGUGAACAAUUAAGCAAAAAAGAACAAAGCACCAUUUACAGUUUGAUCAGACAGCCGGUAGGUGUUGUCAGACAGCGG